AGGGGAGUGGGGUGCGGUGGCUGCUGGGAAAUCAGCCUCAGUGUUUAUUUCGGUCUGGCAAGGAAGCGCCGUAUAUUUGGUACAGCUGGAAAAAUGUCCUCCGUCAGUCCAGACCGGGAAUCGAUCGGCGGUCAGGGCCGAAGUGCGCUCGAGCCGCAGACCGUGUUUGUCAUCCUGGACUCGGCUGAAAGUCUCAACGUGCUUCGAGUGGAGUCUGGCAUCGUCGCCGACAUUGAGGUGGAUGCCCUGCUGCCAUCAGACUACGACACCUUCUACCAGAUCAAGAGUCAGCCCAUCCGCAGCAGCACUUCAGUGAAUGCCUCCUCUUCCUCCUCCUUGUCAUUCUCUUCAUCUGUGCCGGUGGCCAUGUCCUCCAGGGUCCUGUUGCGUCAGGAUCUGAUGCGUCAGCAGGCUCUUGAGGAGCAACAAAAGGAAGCACAGCAGCAGCUUCUGCGGUUGCCCGCCGGCUCGGUGUCGUCCCCCGUCUGCGUCAGUGCGUCCCCCUGCGCACCUCCAGCUCAGGUUCCAGUAGAGGUGCUCAAGGUGCAAACCCACUUGGAAAACCCUACGCGGUACCACAUUGAGCAGGCCCAGAAACAACAGGUACGGCAGUACCUUUCCUCCGCCGUCAGACCUGCUAGCCGCAACGCUUCUGGACCAUCAUCGGGCUCCUCCCUCAACAGCCGGCAUGCUGUCAGCAGCCCAAAAAUGGAGAUGGAGGAGACUGUCAUUGAUGACAUCAUCAGUCUGGAGUCCAGCCUCAGUGACGACUUCCUGACGCUGCUCGACUCGCGGCAGCAGGUUGCCACAACGCUGCCGACGGCGGCGGGAAACAUGCCAGACGUCUUUGAGGAGAGCGGCGGGAAGGUCACGCCCGUCGCAAUAAGCAACAGUUGCCCAGCUGACCUGCUCACCGUCAAGCGAGAGCUGAACAAUGUGGAGACGAAAGCGCUGAUGAAGGAACGACAGAAGAAAGACAAUCACAACCUGAUUGAGCGACGACGACGCUUCAACAUCAACGACCGCAUCAAAGAAUUGGGUGCACUCGUUCCCAAGACGCCCGAACCGGAUGCCAGGUGGAACAAAGGAAGCAUCCUGAAGGCUUCGGUGGAUUACAUCCGAAGACUUCAGAAGGAACAACAACGAGCUCGUGUCAUGGAAGAAAGACAUAAGAGACUGGAACACACCAACAGAACUCUGAUGCUGCGCAUACAGGAGUUGGAGCUCCAGGCAAGCCUCCACGGUGUUCCUUUUUCCUGUGGUGAUGGCACCCCGAGCGACCCGCAGGCCUUCCUCUCUUCUGUGACGCCAUUGUCGGACACGCUGGGCUUGGCAGAGUUGAACGAGCUGAAGGGAAGUGGCGACGACACUUUCUCCUCUGACUUGAUGAACGAUGCGGGGCUGGCAACGCUGGAGGACUUUGGAGAUAUCUUGAUGGAGGAUGGCGGCCUGAUGUCACCUGCGGCCGGUGCCGACCCCAUGUUGUCAUGUGGGGCAUCCCGUUGCAGCAGCAGGGGAAGCAGCAUGGAUGAUGACCUCUGACCAUUUCAUCUGACACUUUGGUAACCAUGCCACCAUCCCUCUUACAUGGUAAUUGUAACCUCAUCAUCUCCCAUACGCCAUGGUAACCACACCAUUCUCUCUGUCACCAUGGUAACCACAUCAGUCUCCUCUGCCACCCCCUCUGUCACCAUGCAAACAUGUCACCGCACAUUUUUCACCAUGGUAACAUGACAUUCCACCUGUCACCAUGGUAACCAUACUAUAACUAUCGAUAACAGUGGUUCUUAACCUUGUUGAAAGUACCGAACCCCACCAGUUUCAUAUGCG